UUCAGCCAGCAGCCCCCGAGCCCGAGCCAGUUGUUCCAGUAAAUACGACUUCAAUAAACGAGGGUCUAUUUUACCCUUAUGCCUGAAUAACGGUGCAGCGCGACACGGUCGUUUAGAUCGACUUAUUUUAUGUCAAGAUUAUGGGGUACUGGCGUUAUUCGGCAGUGUAUGUUGUUCUUCUAUCACUUUGUGUCUCAAUCCUCCCUUUCACUCACAUCAACACCAACCUGUGUAAGUGGUGUGAGUACUCCAGCCCUGAGUGUAAGGACAAUGUGUGUUACAGCAACUGUAACCUCUCAUCCUUCUGUAACCGCAGUGAAGAGAUCUGUGUGGCUAUAUGGAGGAAGACCAACGCAAGUUUGAGUGUGCAGACUCUGUGCCAUCAUCCCCAGCAACCACUAGAAAGCAUGGAUGUGACUCUGCUGGCCAACUCUUCAUCCAGACAGUGUGUGAUGAUGCCUCAGCCUUCUGACGAUGGAGUUCUCUUCUUUUGUGGCUGUGUGGGAGACCAUGAGUGCAACGACAAGCUUAUAUUUGACAAAGGCUCCAACGGUUUCUCUAAACUGAAGAGUAAAGAUGUGAUUCCUGUGGUGGUGAUCAGCCUGGUGCCCCCCUUGCUGGUCGCUCUCAUUGCCACCAUGGCCUUCUACCUCUACCGCACACGUCAGUCAGGCAAGCCUGGCAAGCAAUCAAAAGACUGGGUACACAGGUGCAACCCUGGUCCUUACCAGGCUCUGGAGCUUCCUGAGGGUCUGUCACCAGGCCAGGAAGGUGUUAGAGUGAGGGAUGCCUGUCUGGGUAAGCUGUCCACCAUGAGAGAUGAGGUCACCUCUCACAUGUUACCGGUGCACGGCAAUAGCCUGAACCACAAUACAGAAUUACUUCCCCUCCAGCUGGAGGCGCUGGUGGGCAAAGGCCGCUUCGCUGAGGUUUGGCGAGCAAGGCUUCUCCACCGCACCGGUGCAGGCAACCGGUACGAGACGGUGGCUGUCAAAGUGUUCCCGUCAGAGGAGUACGUCUCGUGGCGAAACGAACGCUCCAUCUUCUCUGACGUCCACCUGGAACAUGAGAAUGUGGUGCAGUUCUUGACUUCAGAGGAGCGUGGGCCUCUAGGAUCCGCCCAUCGGCAGUAUUGGCUAGUUAUGGCCUAUCACGGCUUAGGAAACCUUCAGGACUUCCUGUCUGGCGAGGUGCUUAGUUGGGCAGAGCUGUGUGCCAUGGCUAGCUCUGUGGCGCGGGGACUAGCACACCUGCACAGUGACACCACUCCCCAUGGCGUGCCUAAGGUGCCAGUGGCUCACCGUGACCUGAAGAGCAGCAACAUCGUAGUGAAAAGCAGGAGCGAGUGUGCCCUAUGUGACUUUGGCCUGGCACUACGGCUCGACCUCUCUCUCACAGUGGACGACUUUGCCAACAGUGGACAGGUCGGCACGGCUCGUUACAUGGCCCCAGAAGUGUUAGAGUCAAGGGUGAACCUGGAGGACUUGGAGGCAUUUAAACAGAUAGAUGUCUACUCCAUGGCCCUAGUCCUCUGGGAGAUGUCCUCUCGCUGCCAUGUUAUUGGAGAAGUGAAAAGCUAUGAGCCUGCAUUCGGGUCCAAGGUGUGUGACCAGCCAUGUGUGGACAGCAUGAGAGACCUGGUUCUCAGGGACAGAGGCCGGCCUGAUAUCCCCUCCAGCUGGACACAACACCAGGGGAUGGACCUGCUGUGCGCCACGAUCACGGAGUGCUGGGACCACGACCCAGAGGCCCGGUUGACUGCACACUGUGUGGUUGAACGUUUUAACACCCUGGACCUGGAAGAGGCAGAGCAGGUGGAAGCAGAACCAGACAACAGCUGCCAGCAGGAACCUCCGGCCCCUGACCCAACCCCUCCCUCAGCCCCCUGCUCCACACCCACCCCUACCACCACCCCUACCACCACCACCACCCCUACCCCUACCACCACCCCUACCACCACCCCUGGCCCCGACACAGACUCUGGUAUUAUUGAACACCGUCCUCUCCAGACAAACUCAGAGGGAAGUACAGACCCUGAACUGCCAUCCCAGAUCUGAAGAAGCCAGAUCAAAGCAUCUAAACUGACAUACAGACAGGUUCUUGUAUGAUAAACACUGGUAGUGGAUUUGCUGGAAAGGAGCUGGUCUCCAAUCUAUUUCUCUAAAUAAUGGAUUCUUAAGUAAUUGUGGCUAAAUUCUGAAAGAUGUGGCCAUGUACUGGAACACACACUGUGACUCUCUAAUCCAAACUGUGUACCAUGAGAACUUGAGAAUCAGACCAAUCCAAUCAUCUGCUGACUGUCUGUCUGACAAGGGAUGUCUUUCUUUAUAACCAGUCAGACUGAUUUAGGAUGUCAGACAAAAUAAGAUGAAGUCAUUAGGAUCAACUGAUCUCCCUUUAGAACUUAGUCAAGCAAUGUUAAGUUUCUAAUCUCCCUAAUGUCAAGCCAUCUUAUUACUCUCAAAAGGAGGAGCAAUUUCAGCUGGGAAUAACUAGACCAAACUGGAGCACCAAUAUCCCGUCUGUUUCACUGAUUUGAUGAUGUCACAUGAUGAUAAAGUGCCCUAGAUAAUACUAAGGGAUUGUAAACUGGUGCCAUAAAUGUAGUAUAAAAUCACCUUUAUAUAUAAGGUCUGACAGUAUAUGUAUCUUUACUGCAAUUUUGUCAACUUUGUGUAUCCCCUUGUGUUCUUAGAUGGUACAUUAACAUCAACAUUCAAAAACACGUAUCUAUCAGAAGAGAACAGUCAGAAGAGAACAGGAAAAAACAAAGACUUCAAACUCGAGUCUCAGACAUGGUUUAUUUUGAUGCACCAGUAUUUCUUUCUUAUUUUUUUGUCUUAAAAAGCAGCCCUUUUUUUGAAAAUGAACAUACUUGAGAUAUAAAACAAAUACAUAUGUAGUGUAUCAAUUAAAGUUGUUUUCCCAGACUAUGAGCAAAAUAAGAAACCAUGUAUUUCUGCAUAGAAACAUCUUUGGUGUCUGUACAUUAAUGAAAUGUUUGCUUUGCUAGUUCUGAUUCACCAUUUAUUUGAAUCACAUGCCAAUCAAAUAUUUCAAAAUAAUUUCUUAUUAAUCUGUAGCAUCAUGAUCAAUGGGUGACUAAAAUGCAAAAUACAACUUUUGAUUUGUUAGUGCCCUCUACAGGCUGUAUGAACCAAUGACAGUUUAGUGCAGUAUGCUUGUGUACUACAUUAUAUUUUAGAAGGAUCUUUUGACAGUACACCAUGAUAAACCAUCCAAAACUUACAAAAUAAUUAAACCCUGGAAUGUUCCCAGAAACAAACAAAAAAUAUCACCACAGGGAAGCAUAAUCAACCAUCUUUCAUAUCAUUAAGGCCAAUUGUACUUAUUUACUAUAGAAACACUAUAGAAAACAAUUUGUAGAUAAUUGGGAUAUCUUUAGCUGCACUUAGAUAAUAAAUACUUUAGCCUUUACAUGUUACAAUAUCUAACAGAUCUCAGUGUACUUAAAGGGACAUUAUACCCUCAAAUUGUCAAAAGCUGUCACUCGCAGUGCAUGUCAGAGACUAAAAGAUUUAAAAUAAAAUAACCAUAUGGAAUAUGAACACACAA